GGAGAUCUACCAAUAAAUUAUUUCGUAAAUACACGUCCCGGUUCUGCAGUUUUGGCAAGAUCUUAGGAGUACAUUGGGUUUGGGACUCCUACUACCACAGUAAUAGCUAGCUGUCCAAUAGUAGCCUGCAAUACUGCCAAUAGCAUUUUAGGACGCUCACGGACAAACGACCGGCUCUUCUUCGACGAGAUAUUUUGUUUACAAGGCUGGAAAAUAAAACUCAUUUCAAAUGAAAGCACGUACAGGAAUUCGACUACCGCUGGUUGCGGCCGCUCUUCUGGUGCUGUGUUUGGGAGACGUUUGGGGCGAGCAGAGGAUUAUUGAGAAUGUUGACAAUGCUGCUGGUAGCGCGGACAGCCAGCCUGAUUUCGUGCAGGGGGAUCCAUCUAAAGUUCCCCCGCGACCCAGGUCACCCGAUAGUCCACAGCCGGGAAUGUCACUGAAGGUGCCCAAGCUGACUCCGGAGGAGGAGCACUCCACCAACCUACCGUCCGGCAUGAAGUGCGACGCAUGCCAGGCGGUCGUCUAUCAGAUGGUGGAGCAGCUCAAGUUGCGCGAGAGCAAGCAGCUAUCCAAGGAGAAAGGCAAGCCAUUGCGCGAGUCCCAGUACCUGGAGGUGUUUGAAGAUCUGUGCAAUGGCGAGUGGAGUGGCUACGGGGUCAAGGAUGUUGACGGCAUUCACAUGCUCUCUGGCCCCGGUCUCUCCGCUGAGGGUCACAUGUCAAUGAUGUAUGGAGGUGGCAUGUGGCCACGGCGACUUAAUAAGAAGUGCGGCCAGAUUGUGGAAGACAUGGGAGAGGAUGAGCUUUACCAAGCCUACUACUCCAUGAAGGACAAGCCAUCGGGUAUCAACCCACUCUUGUUCUGCAAGACCAUACUGCCGGAUUGCAAGACAAAGGCGACCCAGAAGAAGAAGUCUAGCAAGCAAGAGCUGUAGAACUCUGCAAGUGUGCGCGCGCGAGUAUGUGUGUAUGCUCGUCUGUGUGUGCGUCGUUUGUGUGUGUGUGUGUGUGUGUGUGUGUACUGUGCUGUGCGUGCCUGGGCAUCUUGGCCCGGAUGGCUGGUAUAAAAGAGGAUCUGUCACUUGUGGAGCUCUGCAAGUGUGCACGAAUGUGUGUGUGUGUGUGUGUGUGUGUGUGUGUGUGUGUGUGUAUGUUCGUCCGUGUGUGCGUGUGUCUGGACGUCUUGGCCCGGAUGGCUGGUAUACAAGAGGAUCAGUCACUUGUGCGUCUGCAAGACUGCAGGAGAGGACGAAUCUGUUUCCAGCAGCUGCUCAUUUGUUUCCGCCCAUCCGCUGGUUUCUUUCUUUAUAGUUGUUUUGCUGCUGUUGCUGCUGUCCUUGCCAAUAACUGACAGUAGUGAGGCACUAAACACCAGCUGUGCGCUUCGAGCAUUCUGUUGCGAUAACGCGUCAGAUAUCCACGAUAAGGUGCGGGAAAUGCUCGUGUUGUCCCCCCCCCCCCCCCCCCGCAUGCUGAAACGAGAUCAUGUGCUGCAUCCUGAUCGCAACGCAAAGGCGUUGGUGUUAUUGCUUAUGGCGGAGCGGUGUCUGUGUGCAUCACUCAGCUUUGAAUUUUUUAUUGUAUUUUGAAUUACGAAAUUCGUGCCUCAUAUUACGAGGGUAUUUUUCCCGCUCAAAUAUUAUGAGCUUACGAACUUACGGAUCUAUUUUGAAUUUUUGUGAUCUGUUAUUUUGUGAUCUUUUUCGAAUUUUGUACUUCAAAGUAGGGAUUUUAUUUUCCUUUCUGGCCAGGAUAGGUGGCUUUCUUCUUUCUCUUCUCUCUUUCGAGCUUCUUUGUAGACGAUAUAGGUUUCACAUUCUAGUUCUGCUCGUAUUUUUUCGCCGAAUAGCCGGUAGCUGCGGAUGGUUGUGUUAUUUACUCUCAGCCUGCAGACAGAACUGUUUUAUUGGUUGUGUUAUUUAUGUUGAAUUAAUAAUAAUUCCAAAUUAUAUCAAGAUGGAUUAAUAACUUUCACGUAAUCAAGUGAUGUGCUUCA